AGGAGAGGGGGGAGGCUGCGCUCGCAGGGAGCCUAACUGCUCUUCUUCCCAGUUGCAAGAUUUGACAGGUGUUUGCAGUAGGCUAAAUUAAUGAAUGAUCCAGGCUAUAAAUCAUCUUAUUUUUCGAGGCGCUUUUUAAAAAUAACUUCUCUUUUCACCGAUCUGUGCAUAAUCCCAGGAAUACACUUGUGUUAGAGGUCAGAGGGGAGGUAGAACUGAAAUGUAGGAUGGGAAAAAAGCGCUGGGGGUGGAAGUCCAUGGAAGCUACUUCUGCUGGUUUUGCUAGUAGAAGAGCUGAGCCGUAGGUUCUGGUGGUGCCCCUAGCUCCUAAAGAGUAUCUUGGUCUUUUCCCCAAGGCUGUCAGGACUUCAGGAUAGCUUAAGCUUUUUUGUUCGAUAUUCUGAAGCAAGAUUUUGUUUGCAAAACUGUUAAUUAUCCUCACUUGCUUUUUAUGAACAUUCUCUGAAGAAAUACUUACACUGGAAAGCUAAAACUCCUUUUACGUUCUUGUAGAAAUGCAGUUAAGGAAGCCCCUCGUCCCGCAUUUGGCUAACGCAAGCCUGCCUGAGCCCAUAGUGGAGACCGUGCACAUCAAUAUCAGCGAAUGGGCAAAAAUUAUAGAACCCCUGCCCUGCAUGAAAUAUUAAAUUUUAUUAAAUACCAAAGAAUAUGGAAAGAAACGCUGAAUGAGUUCUGUUAAAAUACCAACUUUGAAAAAUGCCUCAGCUCGUUACAGCUUCAAUCUCUUCCCCUCUGCCUCCCCCCAGAAAAAGUCUACCUUGUUCUUUGGUGUUAAUAAAUAUCAGCCAAGUUGAAACGAGUUUUGUUGCUCAAAAGAAGUGUACGGUUGGGGGAACAGAUUUGACAUUCGCCACCAAACUCCCACAGCGCCUCAUGCAGUGAAAGUGAAGUCUCAGAAGAUAGGAGGCAGGGAGAAAACUUGGAGUAAGGCCCUGUUGUCUGGAAAUGGAGUUGCACUUUUCAUCUGCUUAAAAAACGUUCUGAAAGAACAAGCUGUUUACCACAAUCAAAGGGUCUUAUUCAGAGCAUAGGAACUCCAUGUCUCAUUUUGCUUGCCAGAUUAUUUCUGGGUUUCAGAAAUCCAACUGCUGUGCAAAGGUUGUAAAAGGCAAAUACUGCAGUGCUGUGGAACAGAUAGGGUACAUCAACCUUGAUCAGAUCACCUGCGUCCAGAGCUUCAGAGACACAUCAGAAAUUAAAUUCGAAUGAGUAUUUUUCAUUCUUACUCUCUAUGAAGUGUGCGAGAGGGAGAAAGAUGUGAAGAGUUUGGUGUCUCUUGUAGAGAGAGAGCAGCAUAGAUUUCACAUGCAUAGAUUUCACAUGCUACAUGUGCUUUCAGAGUCUGGGUUUAUGGGGAAUUUUUCUGUUCUGCUUGUGAUGUCUGGCUAGAAGGUUGCUCAGUACGGAAUUGGGAGGUAACGGGCAAAGAUGCCUCGUUGCACAGAGCGUCCCGUGCAGGAUUGACAGCAAUUUGUCAUUCCAGUUUCUGCAGCCUUGCUGUGGUGUUGGCUGAGAGAAGAGGCCAGGAUUGUCUGCGGUGGCCCUGGAUGGUUAGGAUGAGUGGGGUUACUCGCACCUGCAGGUGAAGUGCCAAUGAGGGGCGAGGAACCAGGCAGCUAUUUAGGUAAAAGGCCUAAAUGGAAAAUCUAGUUUUUAAAAGAAAAGAGAUUUGAGUGUGUGAGCGUAAUGUAGGUCAUGGAUUAAAAUGAAAAAUCCAGCAGGUGAACUGUGAUAAUACUUUCUCUAGAAAGACAUCAAUCUGCUUUUCAUUUGUAUAACUGAAAAGGAAGCCCCCAGAGCCUUCUUGAAUUGUCUUGCUCCUGCUGGGAAUAAGGAAAUUCCUCUUCCCACUUUCUUUUCAGACAGUUUGAAGUAAGCAGAGGUGAUACCUAGAAACGGCCUUGGAACAUCAGCUGAAAGAAAAUUUCACACAUGGCAUGCCUUUCUUGACUGGGAUUAACAUCUAUGUGCCAACCUUCUUCCUGGAGUAAUCGAUGACAGAAAAAAAAAAAAGGCAUUUAAAAUCAGUGGGUGCAAAAGAUUAAUCUUCGGGUCAUCCAGAAAUGAAGAAAAAGCCCUUUAAACCAAAAAAAGAAGAGUGUGACAAGAAGAUGGGAGUCUCUUCUUUCUUCUGGUUGCAGAGUUGCUGCAAUAGUACCAAGGAAAUAAGCAACUGAACGUGCCUUCCAGUGCCAGAGGCCUUGGCAGCAGGUUCUGGUGCUAUUCUGAGAUGUCAGCCAGCCCUGAAGGAGGAGGCAGCGUGUUGUUCUGCGUUCCUAUCUAGCCCAGGAAUCCUGCGUAUAGAUUCCAGAUAAACAGGAGCCUAUGAGGGCUUGCCCCUCCAUCCUCCCUCACAGAUGGAAGGCUCCAAGGAAAAAAUCAUCCUGAAUAUUGGGGGAGUCAGAUAUGAGACCUACAGCAGCACCCUCCGGACCUUCCCAGGGACCAAGCUGUGCAGCCUAACAGAGCCCCAUGCCCCAAGCAUCUAUGACUAUGAUCCCACCACCAAAGAGUUCUUUUUUGAUAGGAGUGCUGAGAUCUUCAGCUAUGUGUUGAACUAUUAUAGGACCAAACAUUUCCACUGCCCCAUUGAUACCUGUAGGUCAGUCUUAGAAGAAGAGCUGACUUUCUGGGAAAUAAAGGAGACACAGCUAGCAUCCUGCUGCUGGCUGAAGCUGAAUAACAAAGAGGUGCAGCCAGAGGGGUUUAACGUUUGGGAUGAGAAUGAACAGACUGAUGACCAGUGCCUCAUAGUCCAGACAGAAAGAAGGGAUUUCAGCUGGCGAACCAGGUGGCAGCCAAAGAUUUGGUCUAUAUUUGAAAAACCCGUUUCCUCUUUCAGUGCCAAGUGCUUGGCUUUUGUUUCUCUGCUGUUCAUCGUUGGAAUUGUCAUCAUAUUCUGUGAGGAGAGCAAGGCACAAUUUGAGUUCUUUACUGCUAACUUCACCUCUCUUGGCUAUUCGGAGGUGUCCCAUGAUGACCACGAGCCCUAUUACCAUCAGGCUGCCUACUUGCUUCAUCUGGAGCUUUUCUGUGUCCUUUGGUUUACUUUUGAGUUUUCUGUGCGAUUUUGUUUCUGUCCAGACAAGAAGUUGUUCUUCCAAAAUCCCCUGAACAUGGUUGACUUCCUCUCCCUCUUUCCAGUUUAUAUUGAACUUUUUGUGGCUGGGCAGAUUCAGAGAAUGCCAAGCCUAGGGCUUUGGUUGGGCUUUGUUCGCAUUGUCUAUCUCCUCAAACUCCUGAAGAUAUCCAAGCUGAUAGAAACGCCACUGAUCCUCCGGGUUCUGUGCUACACCCUCAAGUCUAUCCUUAGAGAGAUUUGCAUCCUGCUAAUGAUUUUGGCCUUUGAGACCCUCUUCUUCGGCUCUCUCUUUUUCUAUGGGGAGUUGCUGGGUAGCCAUCCCUCCUACACAGGGGAGCUGCACUUCACCAGCAUUCUUGUUUGCUUCUGGUGGGCUUUGAUAACACUCACUACAGUGGGCUAUGGAGAUACUAUCCCUCUCACCACAGCUGGCCAAGUGACAGCAGCCUUAGCUGCAGUAUUCGGCAUGUUAACUAUUAUCGUCCCAAUUCCCAUUUUCCUGGUGAAAUUUAAAAGCUGUUAUGACAUUGCUAUCCUCAAACAGAAGCUGAAAAGGAGCAAGAAACAUUAACACUUCAGAAUCUCUGUUCCCCUUUGCCUUUAGCAAUAAACCUUCAGCAUGGUUUAUUCCCUUUGGUGGGAAGGGAGUGCAAAUAGUUCUUACUGCAUUUACUUGGUGCCUUAGCGUAUUUCAAACCAUUGGUGAAGCCUCAAGUUGCAGUACUUGAUACACAACUGAUCAGACCUGUUGAAUCCCAUGGAUCUUUCCCAUAUUGUACUUCAUCCCAUGCUCUUUUACAUGCCACAGUUUCUCUCUCAUCUAGCUGUUUGGAGACAGGCUGUGAUGCUGCAUUAUAGCCUGAAUGUGCACCACAUAGCCCAGUUCCAUGACCUGGGGCCACAGCGUGUUCCCUCAGCUGGCAUACAACCCAUCAUGCUACCUGUGUCCUCCAUUGCCUGACAAAUUAUAAUCUCAUUUUGCAUGCUGGGGAAGAAGACUUGUGCCUGCUCCUGCUCUGCAGCAAGGAGGAAGCAUGGGUGGGUUUUUUUUUAGCAGUGUUUCGUCAUUUUACCUAAACAAGCCAGUGCACCUGAUCUGCCUGCACUCACACACUGAUGUAAAGAAGGUGGCAGGCUGAGCUGAAUGUCUGUGGUCCCGAGAGCCAGCACUGGUUGGUACCCUGCUUUGCGGGCUCUCAGGAAUUGCUGUGGCAUUCGGGUAGCAGCAAGGGAGCCCUCUGACAGCAAUACCUUUUUGGCUCUGCUGAAGUCAAUGGCAACCUUUCACUGACCUCAGAGAGAUCAACAUUUCAUUGGACACUUCCAUUGGAUCAACGCAUUUCAACAGUUCUUGGUUUUUGUGUAACAACAUCACUGAGCUAUUAGCCAAAAUAUCUAUAUGGUUUUUGCUGUUCAAAAGGAAGACCUUAAUUUACAGUACUCAAUAUAAUUUUAAUGUCAUUUACUUACUUAAGGCAUAGGUAUAAACUAGGAAUAUUUGUCUUUUAACUGGCUAGUCUUAAUUGUUACCUAUGUUUAGUUUUGAAAUAACAAAUCUUGUUGAGGUAUGAAAAAUCCCACAUCCCAUUGUUUAUAUAGCAGGAUGAUGUGCUAAGAUUAUUUUGUUUAGUACGUAACAGUUUCUGUAUACAAUAACAUUUAUGUAUCUAAAUUUCAUUAAGGCUUUAUUUUAAUUGCAAUUUUCA